UGCCUUCGCGUUCUUCUCUUCUCUUCUCUUCUCAUUGAGCCAGUUCUUUUGGGAGUGUUGUGUUGGUGCUAUUCUCUGUUAUUUUCAAUUUCUCUUUUUAUUUUCUUAUUUAUUUGACUUUCAGAUUUCGCGAUCAAACGGUUCGCGUCGUUCCACCCAUGACUAUGAGGACUCCUCCACCAUUAGAUCAAGAAGAGGAGGAGAUGCUCGUGCCACAUUCGGAUAUAGUGGAGGGACCUCAGCCAAUGGAAGCGGUGGCACAAGUGGAGCAAGCUAGUAGUGUGGAGAAUCAGCAAGUGGAGGAUCCUCCAUCUAUGAAAUUUACAUGGACUAUCGAGAAUUUCACUAGAUUGAACACUAAGAAGCACUAUUCGGAUGUGUUCAUCGUUGGUGGUUACAAAUGGCGGAUACUUAUUUUCCCAAAAGGAAACAAUGUAGACCACUUGUCUAUGUAUUUGGAUGUUGCAGAUUCUUCAACAUUGCCAUAUGGAUGGAUUAGAUAUGCACAGUUCAGUUUGGCUGUGGUUAAUCAAGCCCAUAGCAAAUACUCCAUUAGAAAGGAAGCACAACAUCAAUUUAAUGCAAGAGAGAGUGAUUGGGGUUUCACUUCUUUUAUGCCUCUUGGUGAUCUUUGUGACCCUAGUAGAGGAUAUUUGGUGAAUGAUAUGGUAGUUGUAGAGGCUGAGGUGGUUGUUCGUAGGGUUCUGGAUUAUUGGUCAUAUGACUCAAAAAAGGAGACUGGUUAUGUGGGACUUAAGAACCAAGGAGCAACCUGUUACAUGAACUCUCUUUUACAGACUUUGUACCAUAUACCUUACUUCAGAAAGGCCGUGUACCACAUGCCAACAACUGAAAAUGAUGUGCCCACAGGAAGCAUUCCUUUGGCUUUGCAGAGUUUAUUCUAUAAGCUUCAAUAUAAUGACACCAGGGUUGCUACAAAAGAAUUGACAAAAUCUUUUGGAUGGGACACAUAUGAUUCUUUCAUGCAACAUGAUGUACAAGAACUGAAUAGGGUCCUGUGUGAAAAACUUGAAGACAAAAUGAAGGGAACUGUUGUUGAGGGGACAAUACAGCAGUUAUUUGAGGGUCACCAUAUGAAUUACAUUGAAUGCAUAAAUGUCGACUACAAGUCUACAAGAAAGGAAUGUUAUUACGACCUCCAGCUUGAUGUCAAAGGCUGCCGGGAUGUCUAUGCUUCUUUUGACAAGUAUGUUGAAGUUGAACGUCUAGAGGGUGAUAAUAAAUACCAUGCCGAAGAACAUGGUUUGCAGGAUGCUAAGAAGGGUGUCUUGUUUAUUGAUUUCCCUCCUGUUCUUCAACUUCAACUGAAGCGGUUUGAAUAUGAUUUUAUGCGGGACGCUAUGGUGAAGAUAAAUGACCGCUACGAGUUUCCUCUUCAACUUGAUCUUGAUAGAGAGAAUGGAAAGUAUUUGUCGCCUGAAGCAGAUAGGAGGGUUCGCAAUCUUUACACCCUCCAUAGUGUCUUGGUUCAUAGUGGAGGUGUUCAUGGUGGACAUUAUUAUGCUUUUAUAAGGCCAACCCUAUCUGAUCAAUGGUACAAAUUUGAUGAUGAACGGGUCACUAAAGAAGGGGUGAAGAGAGCUUUGGAAGAGCAGUAUGGUGGUGAGGAAGAGUUGCCGCAGACCAAUCCUGGCUUCAAUAAUACUCCUUUUAAGUUCACAAAAUACUCAAAUGCAUACAUGCUUGUGUAUAUACGGGAAAGUGAUAAGGAUAAAAUAAUAUGCGAUGUCAAUGAAAAGGACAUUGCAGAACACUUGAGGAUAAGGUUAAAGAGAGAACAGGAAGAAAAGGAGGACAAGAGAAGAUAUAAAGCAGAAGCCCACCUUUAUACUAUCAUUAAGGUUGCAUGGGAUGAGGACCUUGCUGAGCAGAUUGGCAGGGAUAUAUAUUUUGACCUUGUGGAUCAUGAUAAAGUUCGGUGUUUCCGUUUCCCGAAGCAGAUGCUAUUUACUGCUUUUAAGGAGGAAGUUGCCAAAGAAUUUGGUAUACCUGUACAAUUUCAACGGUUUUGGAUUUGGGCAAAGCGGCAAAACCGUACUUAUCGUCCCAAUCGACUUUUGUUGGCACAAGAGGAGUCACAAACUGUUGGACAAUUAAGAGAGGUGUCAAAUAAAACACACAAUGCAGAACUGAAGUUGUUCUUGGAAGUAGAGUUUGGGCUGGAUUUACGACCUAUUCCUCCACCUGACAAAUCUAAAGAAGACAUUCUGCUUUUCUUCAAGCUUUAUGAUCCUGAGAAAGAGGAACUCCGAUAUGUUGGUAGGCUCUUUGUCAAGAGUUCCACUAAGGCAAUGGAAAUUUUAGGGAAGCUGAAUAAAAUGGCUGGCUUUAUUCCUGAUGAAGAAAUAGAACUAUAUGAGGAAAUUAAAUUUGAUCCUUGUGUUAUGUGUGAACACCUUGAUAAGAGGGCAUCUUUCCGGUUAAGUCAGAUUGAAGAUGGGGAUAUCAUCUGCUUUCAAAAAUCUCGUCCCCUUGAAAGUGAAGGAGAAUGUCAAUACCCAGAUGUGACUUCAUUUUUGGAAUAUGUGCAUAACCGGCAGAUUGUUCGUUUUCGAUCACUGGAUAGACCAAAAGAGGAUGAUUUUUGUCUAGAGUUGUCUAAGCUACAUAGUUAUGAUGAGGUUGUGGGAAGAGUGGCUCGCAAAAUUGGUUUGGAUGAUCCAUCCAAAAUCAGGCUCACUCCUCACAAUUGCUAUUCUCAGCAACCUAAGCCUCAAGCCAUUAAAUAUCAAGGAGUAGAGCAUUUGUCAGACAUGUUAGUCCACUACAAUCAGACCUCUGACAUACUGUAUUAUGAAGUUUUGGAUAUUCCUCUGCCAGAAUUGCAAGGUUUAAAAAAUUUGAAAGUUGUGUUCCAUCAUGUGACAAAGGAUGAAGUUGUAAUUCACAAUAUUAGAUUGCCAAAACAGAGUACUGUAGGUGAUGUGAUUAAUCUACUUAAAACAAAGGUGGAGCUGUCUCAUCCAGAUGCGGAACUUAGAUUGCUGGAAGUUUUUAAUCACAAGAUCUAUAAGAUAUUUCCACCAAAUGAAAAAAUAGAGAAUAUAAAUGACCAGUACUGGACUCUACGUGCAGAAGAGAUCCCAGAUGAACAGAAGAACCUAGGUCCCCAGGAUCGCUUGAUUCAUGUUUACCACUUCACCAAAGAGUCUGCACAAAAUCAGAUGCAAGUACAAAAUUUUGGAGAACCCUUUUUCUUGGUCAUCCAUGAAGCUGAAACUCUUGCUGAAGUUAAAAUGCGCAUACAAAAGAAGUUACAGGUUCCUGAGGAGGAAUUUGUUAAGUGGAAGUUUGCUUUCUUGUCUCUGGGUCGUCCAGAGUACCUUCUGGACUCUGAUGUCGUGCUCAACCGUUUCCACAGAAGAGAUGUUUACGGUGCGUGGGAACAAUACCUUGGUUUGGAGCAUUCUGAUAAUGCUCCUAGGAGGGCUUAUUCAUUUCAUCAGAACCGUCACACAUAUGAGAAGCCGGUCAAAAUAUACAACUAGUGCCAAGAGCUGAUGAUUAAUCAGUACAUUAGCACUAUAGAUUGAAACAAGCCUACAGUGCCUUAAAUGGCCUUAUCAAAUUGGGGAGUGUAAAAAUGAAUUUUGCUUUGGAAGGAAUGAAUGAGGCUCACAACAAAGGUAUUUCUAGGCCAUUAUCAGUUGUAGUCUAUAUUUAUUUCUUAUAUGCGUGUGCGCCAGGGAAGAAAGUCUUAUUUCAGAUGUAAUAUUUUCUCAUUGUUUGAUAUUGCCUUGCACACACUAUCCUUUCACAAGGCAACUGUCCUUGCUCGGAGAGGUAGGUGGCCUCUCUGUAUACAGCUCCAGUGUAAUUUAGCAGUAUAUAAGAAGAUUUUGACAGGGAUGUAUACGGGUUAUAGUUUGUUGCAGUAGAAAUUUAUUCUUUUUCUGUUAUCUUUAUGGGUAUUUUCGAUGCCUCGAAGGAUGGGUGUAAAAUGUUGGUUUGAAUAUGCAUUCUCUGGGGUUAGGAGUAUGUAAUAGAAUUGUAGAGCCUAAUUCUAAGUAAUCAUCUCUCUGUAAGGCACACUCUGGAUGUUUUUGUAGUUUUAAAAUGCUGUGCCAACAUGAAUAAAACAAUCUUGUUUUUCCUUGGCA